AAGAGUUUUCCUAAUAUAAUAAAUAAUAUAUAUUUUGUGGUUGAAUCCAUGAUUAAUUAUUAAUGUGAAUAACGCGGCCUCAGAGACACACAUUGUUUGACGGUCUCGGUCGCUGUUUCUGGGAAGCAGCUAACUAGGAAACAAACAUUCUCAUCUCCAUCGCUUCCUCUCCUCUCCAUAUAUAUAUAUAUAUAUAUGUGUGUGUGUGUGUGUAUAUGUUGUAUCCCACCCUGCACCCAUCUAGCACAGAAAAACAUUAGGUGAAAACACACCAUAAAAAAAGGGAAAGAAAGAAAAGGAUCAAAACCUUCCUCCUUCUGUCCGUUACAACCUCAAACUUUCCAACCAUGGACAAUAUGGGUGGGGAGUACAACCAUUUCUGGGACACCUUCUUCCAAAACCAAGAGCUUGAUAGCUGGGCAAUGGAUGAGGCGGCGAUGUCCGGGUACUAUGAUUCAAGCUCUCCGGACGGUGGUGCUUCAUCGAUGGCAUCAAAGAACAUUGUUUCGGAGAGGAAUAGGAGGAAGAAGCUGAACGAAAGGCUCUUUGCGCUUAGAGCCGUGGUCCCCAACAUCAGUAAGAUGGACAAGGCUUCUAUCAUUAAGGAUGCUAUUGAAUACAUCGAGCACUUGCAUGAGCAAGAGAAGAGAAUCGAAGCAGAGAUUUUGGAUCUGGAAUCUGGGAAGCUCAAGAACCCAACCUAUGAAUUUGAUCACGACCUGCCUAUUCUCCUCAGGUCUAAGAAGAAGAGAACGGAAAAUUCCCCAAUUGAAGUAAUCGAGCUGAGGGUUGCAUACAUGGGAGACAAGACGUUUGUGGUGAGCUUGACAUGUAGUAAAAGGAUAGACACAAUGGUAAAACUGUGUGAGGUCUUCGAAUCUUUAAAGCUGAAGAUCAUUGCAGCCAAUAUCACUUCUUUUUCAGGAACACUUUUGAAGACAGUCUUCAUUGAGGCUGAUGAAGAAGAGAAAGAUGUUUUGCAGAUAAAAAUUCAGACAGCAAUUUCAGCUCUGAAUGGUCCUCAAAGCCCUAUGAGUAUCUGAUUCUAAUGAAAACGAGUUCGAUCAAAGCUUAAAAUGUUCUGUCGGGUGUCUUUUUUUAGUUAUCAGUGUUCUUCUUUUUCAUUUUCUGUAUGCUGAUAGCCUCUGACGCUGUAAGGCUUGCCUUCAAUGGAAUCCAAUUUUCAUAUU